CCGGAAAAUUCUUUCUAACUACUAUCAUCUACUAUAAACAGCUUAAAGCGAUAACCCGGACAAUUACAAUAACCGAUCCAUAUAGUAAUUAAUCCAUAUAUCUUCAUUCAUUCAGAAUCGUCAGAUUACUAAUCCGGGAUCUUGAUAAGAUGAGUUCAACUAAAGAUGAUGAAAAGCAAAAGAAAGCUGUAAGGGGGCAAUGGAGAGAGAACGAAAAAGCACAUGAGAUUCCAGAUAACAACAUGUGGAUCGUCUUUCCAUGUAUCAUGGGGGCCGUAUUCUUGUCCGCGAUGGACCAAACCAUCGUGAGUACCGCUCUAGCGACGAUUUCAGAUGAAUUACAUGCGUCCGAAGCGGAAUACUCAUGGGUUGGUGUUGCAUACAUGCUUACAUCGACCGCUAUGAUACCGGUAGUAUCUAAGUUAGGAAAUAUAGUAGGAGAGAAGAUCAUUUUUCUUGUUGGAAUUGUGGUAUUCUUACUCGGAUCUGGUUUAUGUGGUGGUGCGAAAUCUAUGAUAUGGUUAUGUACGGCGAGAGGCGUUCAAGGUCUAGGAGGCGGUACUAUAAUGGCCUCGGUACAAAUUAUCAUAUCUUUAAUCACACCACUACAAAGUAGGGGGAAGUUUUCCGGAUUAAUAGGUAGUGUCUGGGGUGUUGCAUCGUUGAUAGGACCACUAGUUGGUGGUGCAUUUACUGAGCAUGUCAAUUGGAAUUGGUGCUUUUUUAUCAAUUUACCAAUAGGAGGGGUAGUCCUGAUAGCCUUAAUCGUAUUCCUCAAACUCAAUCCUAAAGAGAGACCACCGUACAAAGAAGUGCUGAAGCAGUUCGAUUAUAUAGGACUAUUGUCUAUAUUGACAGCUGCUAUUUGCAUCAUCGUAGGCUUCUCAGUCGCAUCCUCAUCCACAUGGAAAAACCCAGCAGUUAUAGCACUCAUUGUUGUAGGAGGUGUUGUACUCCUUUUUGCUGGAGUAUGGGAAACAUAUACAACCAAAUCACAAAUAAUUCCACCACGUCUUUUCAAAACGCUCACAACUUCAUCAAUCCUCUUCGGUACUUUCUUUCACGCUUUUGGAUUUUUCAACGGGUCGUAUUACUUACCAUUAUAUUUCCAGGUUGCGAAUGAAUCAAGUCCUACAUUGGCAGGAGUCGAAUUGCUUCCAUUCUCCUUAGGAUCAAGUAUUACCUCAGUACUUUCUGGUUUCUUAGUCGCUCGGUAUAAAAGAUAUAGACCGAUUAUUUGGUGUAGUUGGGCUGUUCAAAUUGUGGGAUACGCUUUGAUCACAACCCUCGAACGAGAUUCAAAUCGCGCUAAGCAGGUAUUGUACCUCUUAGUAACAGCAUUUGGUGUUGGUGGACUCUUCCAAACACCUCUACUUGCUCUUCAAGCUGCCGUGCCGCUUGCUGAUAUGGGUUUGUCUACAGGUGCAUACGUGUUUGUGCGUUCUAUGGCCGGAACGGUUGCAAUAUCUGUUGGAGGUACAAUUAUGAGUAAUUUGACAAAGAAGAAGCUUGCGAAUAUACCAGAUGCUGGCGCGAUGGCUUCAUCUAGCACUGAAGAUCUGACUGGGAUCAAAGAUAUUGAGCCCGUCGAGCUCAAACUUGAGAUACAGCAGGCAUACUCUGAAGCAAUAGCAACAAUAUUCAUCGUAGUAGUUGCCUUAAUAGGAGUUGGAUUAAUUACGUCCCUCUUUAUCAAAAGAUACUCGAUGGAAGUCAAAAACGUCAAACAAGGUGAAACGCAGGAGGAAGAUAAGGAGAAACAAGAUGAUAAAGAGAAGCAGACUGACAUAGAGGGAUCUAGUCAGAUUACUGCCGCUGCUGCUACUGAAUCGUACGAGAAGCAGGAGAAAGAAAAAGGAACAUCAUAAGGACACAUAUAGAGCAUUUCGUUAGGAUAUUUUGUAUAAAUAAUAGAGAUUUCAUAAGAUAAAUAUGUAAUUUGUCA